AUGAAGAGAAGAACAUCCAUCAUCACCUAUCUCCACCGUUUCCAUCAAUAUCAUUUUCCCUCUGCCACCACCGCCGCCACCUUCUCAACAACUCCCCGCCCUUUUCCCGACUACUCUCCACGAAACCCUUCCGUCACAGACACCGACCUCAUCCGCCACGUCACUACAACCAUCAAACAAUGCCGUUUACAACCCUUCCGCCGCGUUCUUAAACCUUACGAAUCACGCUUCAAACCAAGUCAUCUUAUUUGGGUUCUCAUCAACAUAAAAGACGAUUACCAACUCGUCUUAAACCUCUUCAACUGGGUUAAAUCCCGUUCACAACAACAACUUCACCCCACUUUGGAAUCACUUUGCAUUGUUGUUCAUAUAGCUGUUGCAUCAAACAACAUCCAAACUGCUAAACGACUUGUUUUUGAGUUCUGGGCUACGCCGCGGUUGGAUGUUUCCAAGUCUUUUGAUGUUUUUUCUGAGAGGUUGAUAUAUACUUAUAAAGAUUGGGGCUCACACCCUCUUGUUUUUGAUGUGUUCUUUCAAGUGUUGGUAGAAACUGGGUUUGUUUUACAAGCUGAGAAACUUUUCCAUAAGUUGUUAGGAUAUGGUGUUAUUGUGAGUGUAGAUUCUUGUAAUUUGUUUCUGUCUAGAUUGUCUUGCAAUUUUGAGGGGAUUAAGAUUGCAGUUAAGGUGUUUGAAGAAUUUCCUGAAUUGGGUGUUUGUUGGAAUACUGUUUCGUAUAACAUUGUUCUUCAUUGUCUCUGUCAAUUGGGGAAGGUGAAAGAAGCACAUAACCUGCUUGUACAAAUGGAGCAUAGAGGGAAUUUUCCUGAUGUUGUUAGUUAUGGUGUUGUUACUAGUGGAUAUUGUAAAAUUGGAGAGCUUGACAAGGUUUUGAAGCUUGUGGAUGAGUUAAAGAGAAAGGGGUUGAAACCUAAUGAAUACAUUUUCAAUAACAUAAUUGUACUACUUUGUAAGAAUGGUCAAGUGGUUGAAGCGGAGCAAGUAAUGAGAGAGAUGAGAAAAUGUGGUGUUUUUCCUGAUAAUGUAGUGUAUACGACUCUCAUCAGCGGUUUCUGCAAGUCUGACAAUUUUUCUGUUGCGUGCAAACUGUUUGAUGAAAUGAGACAUAAGAAAAUAGUUCCUGAUUUAGUGACAUAUACUUCUGUGAUUCAUGGGAUUUGUAAGACUGGAAAGAUGGUUGAAGCUCGCAAAAUGUUUAAUGAAAUGUUCGUGAAAGGGCUGGAGCCGGAUGAAGUUACUUAUACGGCACUUAUGGAUGGAUAUUGCAAGGCCGGUGAAAUGAAUGAGGCUUUCUCCAUUCACAACCAGAUGGUUCAGAAGGGUCUGACCCCUAAUGUUGUCACUUAUACUGCGUUGGUUGACGGCCUUUGUAAGAACGGAGAGAUUGAUGUAGCGAAUGAGCUUCUUCAUGAAAUGUCUAGAAAGGGACUUCAACCGAAUGUCUGCACCUAUAACACGAUCGUAAAUGGUCUUUGUAAGAUAGGAAAUAUAGCACAAGCAGUAAAACUUAUGGAAGAAAUGGAUCUGGCAGGGUUUUAUCCCGACACAAUUACAUACACUACACUCAUAGAUGCAUAUUGUAAGAUGGGGGAAAUGGCCAAGGCACACGAGUUGCUGCGAGUUAUGCUCGAUAAAGGACUUCAUCCUACAAUUGUUACAUUCAAUGUGUUAAUGAAUGGGUUUUGCAUGUCAGGGAUGUUGGAAGAAGGUGAAAGGUUAAUAAAAUGGAUGUUAGAGAAGGGUAUAAUGCCAAAUGCUACAACAUUCAAUUCUCUUAUGAAGCAGUACUGCAUUAGCAAUAACAUGCGUAAAACUACUGAGAUUUACAAGAGUAUGCACGCUCGAGGAGUGAUGCCAGACAGUAACACCUAUAAUAUUUUGAUUAAAGGGCAUUGUAAGGCUAGAAACAUGAAAGAGGCAGGGUACCUGCAUAAAGAAAUGGUUGAAAAAGGAUUUAGUGUUACAGCCGCUUCCUAUAAUGCUCUUAUAAGAGGUUUCUAUAAGAGAAAGAAAUUUCUGGAAGCUAGGAAGCUAUUUGAGGAGAUGAGAACACAUGGCUUGGUUGCUGAGAAAGAUUUAUAUGAUAUUUUUGUCGAUGUGAACUAUAAAGAAGGGAAUUGGGAAAUCACUCUUGAGCUUUGUGAUGAAGCAAUUGAGAAAUGUCUUGUUAAGGAAACUUAG